AUGAAUACACAUUUAAAAAACAGGGAAACCAAAACUCCGGAGGAAAAGUCUCCCUUUGGUAGACUCACCUUUUCAGAGUUGGCCCAACUUUCGGAUUAUCUAAAACCAGAUAGAAAUAAUGAAAUGUCGUUGUUAGAAGGCAAACGCGAGUUUCCUGCACAAAACGACAAUUAUAUGAACAAGUCAGCAGAAAAAAAAAAUUUUAUGGAAAAUUAUGAACUAGCUAGCCAAAAUGCACAAAAUAGAGAAGAAAAAAAAAAAAAAUGUGUGUGCAUUAAUAACAGUUGUGCAGCGGAUAGCUGUUUAGAACAAUCAGAACAAUGUUACAACCCUUAUAGUAACAAACUCAUUGAUGAGGAGGAGAAUAAGCAUUUGAAGCCUACAAGGUGGUACGUGUCGCACGAACAUCACUCCAUCCAAGGGAAGGAAAAUUUACCAAACUGUGAGUCACGCGUGAACAGUUCGCUGAUAGGCGAACAAUGUGUGAUGGCGCGAAACGAUCAACAUGCGAAUAAUAAUCUCUCAAGCAAUUCCACGCGCAUAGACAGUUCUGACGUUUUUUUCCCAACAAAGGAGAAUGGGAACAGAGUCAAGAAGGAAUGCGCCUCAUAUUCGCCAAGCAUAAGUAGCAGCCGAAUGUGUGGAUGCAAUGAAAAUGGUAAAACUGGGCAGGGGGGAAGCGACAAGGAAGGGCCAAAUGCAGAUAUGCCACUUUGGCGCAGAAUUAGCGAAUUAGGUCUUUCGGGCGGAAGUGCAUUGGGGAAGGAGGGCGAACAGGUGGGAGAAGAAGUCGAUGGUGACGACGUCCAUGAUGAUGAAGAAGCAGAAGAAGAAAGGGCCGAGGAAGAAAAACAAGAGGAACAGGAAAAGAGCGAGCAUGAUCAAAGUGGUGAUGAUCAAAGUGGUGAUGAUCAAAUGGGUGAUGAUCAAAUGGGUGAUGAUCAAAUGGGUGAUGAUCAAAGCGGUGACGAACAAAGCGAUGUAGAACAAAGCGAUGUAGAACAAAGCGAUGACGAACAAAGCGAUGACGAACAAAGCGAUGAAGACAAGCGUAAGGACGAAGAUGCAGACAUAGUCGUCGACCCCACAAAUGAAGAGCAGCCUAGCCAAGUCAUCAGACGCAAGGACGAUAUCACUGCUUACACAAAAAGGGAGGAAGAAACUACAAUAGAGAAAAAAAACAUGUCCAAGGAAAAGGCGAACAAAUAUAAAGACAACUUGAAUUUAUUUAAUGAAGUUCUAAAGCACAAAAGUGAGUUAAGCUAUUUUCAUCAAAAGAUGAUGGAGGAUGAGCGGGAUGAGCGGGCUGAGCAGGAUGAGCAGGAUGAGGCAGAGGAUAAUCAUCUCGUAAGAGUAGACGUACGAGUGAAUAACGAUGGUCACUAUGGUGAAGGCGCGAUGAGUAACCGUGUAGUCAAAUUAAGACAAAACGGAAAUGCUCAUCUGUGGAAUAGUUGCUGUUCUCAUGCUGAAGCCUUUUCAGGCAAGUACGAUGUGGCACAGGUAGGUGUGAAUUCUAAUAAUAGCACAUAUAGUGCGCUUGACGUGGGUAAGCAUGCCCCUUUUGUGGGAGCUCUCCCCGCAAGUAAAAAGAAUGAGGAAAACGGAGAGCACAUGAAUGACACGGCGGGUUCGAUCGAAUCGGUUGAUCCACCUGGUGGAAUCACCGACAGCUAUCGCAGCACCUGCAGCCGGGAUGAGAUCCCCUGGAAAGAGAACCAGAGGGGCGAAUUCAAGGGAGCGGAAAAGGGAGGUAACGAGAAGAAAUCAUUGCAGAAAAAGAGGAAUUCGAACUUGUACAGCUAUCUAAUCCUAGAAAAUAAAAAAACGCAAACACGAAGAGUAGAAAUGAAAAUAAAUGUAAAGUUUAAAAAUAUAUAUUUCGUAAAGUAUAAGUAUGUUAAAUGUGUGGUGACUAACAAUUCGGGUGUGGUUGUCCACUCAUUUACCUUUUGCAAAAACGGCACAGAAUUAAAUACACAAAAUCGGAUUCUUAAAAUGUAUAAUAAGGAGAAAGAGAGUUCCAACCUGAUGCAUCAUAAUGAAGUGCAGGCUCUACUUGAAGAACUGAGAAAAAGUGCACAGACUGAUGUCACAUUUGAACUCAUGUUCGACGCAGAGAUGGUUAACGGGAGGGUCGAAAUAUCCUCAUCGACGUUUUACAGGCUAAGUUUCUACGGUGUGGAGGAGGUGCCACAGAAGCGAGUGGAACAAGAUACGAAGGAGACGAAGAGCAGAGAGACAAGUGUAAGGCUAAAUAAAGAGAGAAUCAGUACCCAGGGUAGAGGAAUCACCGGGGCGGUCGCUAACGUUGUGCUUACUAAGGGGAAAAUUCCCAGUGGGAAGGUUCCUAACGGGAAGGUCGUUCACGGGAGGGUUACUAACGAGAAGGUCGUUCAUGAGAAGGUCGUUCAUGAGAAGGUCGUUCACGAGAAGGUCGUUCACGAGAAGGUCGUUCACGAGAAGAGCACCAAUAACUUCGAUACAAAGCUUGCCUCUAACCGCAGGACGCCCGUUGAGCCCCUCAAAGGAGCAACGCACCAAUCAGCCAAGAGCAGCGCCAAGCCUGUUACAAAAUCGAAGGAGGAAAAAGAAAAGAAUUCCUACAUAGGAUUCACCAUAUUACACCUAAAGUACCUCUUCCAGAUGCAGGAGAAAGGAUCCAUUCAUCUAAACAUCUCAAAUAAUAAGAAUGAGGAAUUGGAUUUUGUGAAAAAUUACAGCAAGGAGGAAUAUGCACAACACUUGGAUGGAAAGGCAGUAGAAGAAAUGUAUUCAAAUAGUUUCAGCUAUGCAGACAAAAUAGGGAUUCUUUUUAAAAUAUUAUUUGGGCAUAGUUUGAAUAUCUCCUCGCAGAAAAUUUUUCUGGAAUAUAAAUUCUUUUCAAGUGAUGUGGAUGGUUUGGAUAAUUACAAGGAUGAUUCCUCUGAUAGACACACCGAUUUUAGGAGCGCACUGGAAAUGGUGCAAAAGGGGAAAGUGUCCAAUCUUUUAGAAACGAAAAAGAGAGUGGAGGAAUGUUUGAAAAAUUAUCUAAAAAAUUGUUCUCAAUACAUUUAUGAUGAAAUUACCAUUUCGCUACUUGGCUUGUCAGAAGGUAAUGGAGAAGAUAGUGAUGAUAGGAGGCACUGUAGGAACGAUACGAAAGGUAAAUGUACAUAUGGAAGAACGCCCUUUUGUAACUCCCCAAGUGAAGCAAACAUUCAGGGUUCUUUCUCCAAAGGUGGACAGUGUCCCUACACAGAGUGUAGCGUUGGUAAUAAGGAAGGAAAACCAUACGCAAUGGAAGUUAGUAAACUCUCCAACGGGGGGUAUUACGAAGAGGAAGAAGAGAUAAAAAGGUCUAUCCAUUGUAUAUCGGAGGCAUGUCUACCUGAUUCGUGUGAAACAUCACAGAGGUUAAAACCUCAUUUGGUCAAUCUGUUGAACUGGUUACAGAGAAAGAAUGAGAAAAAAAAGAGGAUAGAAACGUUGGAACAGAUCAUACGUAAGUACAUCACUGGAGUGAAUGACUACCUCGACUUCGUAGAACUGAGCAACGGCAAUAAGGCAUACAAAGUUUAUGAGGAGAACAAGAAGUUAAAGGAGUACAUAAAAAACUGCAACGCAUUUUUUAUCGACACGCUGAUGAACAAUCACCAGGAGAUACAAAAAUUGAAGCACAGGAAUAAAACCGUUAACAUAUUAUACAAUAAGGAAAGAAUGAGUAAUUUAGGAAGGGUGGGAACCAAGAGAGACUCCUCCGUAGUUGGUGUCCAUUCAGAUGACAUGGGCGAGAUCGAUCCGCUUGUAGAGUUAGAUCGCUUAGGCACCAUAAAUAUUCUGGAAAAAAAAAAUGAUAUAUUUGGAAGAAUAAUUAGUAGGAGAUCUGUAGGGAAUUUAUCCCCCUCAGUCAGGAGAGUGAAGAAAAGCGAGCAGAAAUGCUCCUCCGUUUGUCCAGAGAUAUCUAGGCAGGAUAGUCGAAGCGACAAUUACCAUGUAGAUAUAAAAUUAGAAGGGUCUUUUUCGAAAAGAAACUGCGCAACGGUGAUGGUGGAUGGCAGUAAGCCAAAGAAGGAGAGUGAUUUUCUCCAUCGUAAAUUGAAUUGGUCGAAGAAGGGGGAAGCGCUGUUGCAAGAGCUUCAAGGAGGAAAGAGAUACAGUAGUAGGUCAUCCCCUCAGUUGAGCUCAUUGAGUGCGUUACAUUUUGGCAAGGGAGGGGUAGUUAGAACCAGUCCUAGCAGUUGUGGAAAUCGUAGGAGUUGUGAAAGUUAUAGGAGUCGCAGAAGUCGGAGCGGGGGUGCCAGGGAAAACACAUCUUUCCAUUCGUGUCAUCUCGAAAGGGGGAAAUUGCGCGGUGGACAAGUAGCCUCACAAACAGGGGGCGGUCAAACAGAGCGAACGUAUGAAACGGAAAGAAGUGGUCUAAUGGGUCCAAAUGGUCUAACCGAUCGAGGGGAUCGGAGGCGCCUGUUGAAACUCUACUCCAAUCCGAUCGGCUCAGCUCUCCUCGCGCGCGCAUCGAAGAAGAAAGAACAUAGUGCUGUCACCAUGGACAGUCUUGUAAAGAGUUCGAAAGAGACACAUCUGCAUGGAAAUGUAAAGUGGAGCUCGUUUAGAAGUCGAACUGUUGGAGGGAAUGGUGCGCAGAGCAGUAGGAAUGACCAUGUGUGUCCGAACGCCCCGUCUAGCUAUGCGCAGUUGAGUAAUCAUGAUGUAAAGCCAAGACAACCUCUUAGUGCGUUGAAAAAAAAGAGUGGCACGACGAUAUGCAAUGGAGAAACGAUCCAUCCUGGUGGCACUGCGAGGAGGGGGCAGAAGGCGAAGUGUGAUAAAAAGGAAGCGACUAUAAAAGGAACUUUCCACGCGGGGGAUCACCACAAUCAGGUGAAUCACCACAAUCAGGUGAACCACCACAAUCAGGUGAUCCACCAAACUGAGGUAAACCACCACAUUCACGUGAACCACGUUGACAAAUCCCCCGACGGGGAAUGCAAUCCAUCUGAAGUGCGCCCCCAUUUGCAGAGCCGAAGAUCUGAACGAAAGGUGUCCACUACCAAUUGCACCUACAGAAGGGGUCCAAGAGAUACCCCGCAAGGUGGUGGUAACCAUAGUACAAAUAACGCUAAGGGGAAUCCCCUGAGCAGAACAAAAAACUACGACACGAGCGAGGUGUUAAAAAAGGAAUAUUUUAAUAAUGCACAGACGGGUUCAAGGAAGAAGAGACAGACCAUACCAAAUUAUGGGGUGAACCUGACAAGUGGAAAAGGGAAAGGAAAGGCAAAUUUAAAAGAAGGGAAAAAUAGAAGUUCCAGUGAGGAUAAAUCUGGUGAGUCGAAGAUAACGCAUACAGAGGAAAGUGAAAAUGCAUCUGUCACCACGUUGAGAGGUGAUAUGUCAAGGGUCAUUACGGGCAGGAGUUUUACACCCAUGGAUCGAAAUUCUGAUGAAGUGCGUAAAGGAAAAAAAGUAACAGACACGGUAGUUACAAUUGGAAGAGCAAAGAUAGCUCAUCAAAUGGACAACGUUGAUUAUAAAAAAAGAUACAUCGAAAAAGUUAUAUCGACGUAUGAUGAUUAUAUUACAAUGAAGACGGAUGAACAGAGUGUGGAGAGAAAAAUCUCUACAGUUAACGGUUCAAGCAGUAAGGUGCAAUCACCAGGUGAAGACACAAACGGUAUAACUAACAAGGAAGGAACAUGUACCCAAAAGAACAAUCAACGGGACCAGAAUUCUAUUAAGUCCAUAAAAGAACUCAUCGAGCAUAACGUAACGCAAAAAAGUAACUUUGAUCUAAACGGUAUAGAGAAAAAGGUGUUCCUGAAAAAUCUACACAACAGUAAGGUAGGUUCCGGUGUGUACCUUCAGGCAGUAAAAAUUGGUAGUGGACACGAAGGUCAUCCGAAGACUACCAUUGGGGGAGAUAAACAGCGUGUUUCCAAAUCUAAGGAUGCUUACAUCCUUGAUAUCAUAAAUAAAAAUCUGAAUAAAUCCUUCAAUCAACUGGACAGGAUAAAGAAGAAGAUGAGCGAACACUUGGUCGUGUAG